AUGGAUUUUAGCGAAGUGUUCAAGUACUCUGGAAUUUGCAAGUUUUCUCCAAACGGAAAAUAUAUUGCCAGCUCUGCUGGGUACAAACUUGUGAUAACGGAUGUUGAGUCCCUGCAAGUUCUUCGAUUUUAUACUUGUUCCGAUGUGAUUUCCCAGAUUGAUUGGAGCUCGGAUAGUGAAUUUGUAUUAUGUGCUCAGUACAAGAGAUCAUGUGUUGAAGUAUGGAGUGUCAGUGAUAAUACAUGGAAAUGUAAAAUUGAGGAAGGCCCUGCAGGAGUGAGCUUUGCAAGAUUUUCUCCUGACGCUCGACAUGUACUUGUUACAGCUGAUUUUCAAUUAAGAAUAACAAUUUGGUCUCUCAAAAAUUCGUCCUUAAAUGUGGAAGGAAAUGAUGAGUUUAGUGGACAUGUAGCUCAUAUUAAAUAUCCAAAAUACACUUCAAAAGGAUUGGAUUUUACUCCUAAUGGAGGAAAAUAUAUGGCUCUUGCCGAAAGAAGAGAUUGCAAAGACUAUAUUUCAAUUAUCGUAACAGAAACUUGGGAAUUAGUCAAACAUUUUCCUGUACGGACAAAGAAUUUAACUGAUAUUAAGUGGUCUCCCGAUGGUCGCUAUUUAGUUGUUUGGGACCAUCCUCUCGAUUAUUCUGUGACUAUUUACUCGCCAGCCGGCUCUGAAAUUGCCCACUACUCGGCAUAUAAUGAUCUUUUAGGAGUGAAAAGUGUGAAAUGGUCUCCCAAUGGGCAGCUUCUGGCUAUUGGAAGCUUUGAUCAAAAGGCAAGAUUAUUGAAUCACUUGACAUGGAAUCUUACUGGUACUUAUGAACAUACUAGCCCUGUUUCCUUAGAGACCCAUCCUAAUAAUCCUGUUAUUUUUCAAGAGGUUGAGUUUGUUGGUUCCAAAAACACUACACACAGCAAAACUAGAUACGUUAUUGCCGAGCUACCAGUACAGAUAAAAUCUGUCAAGAACAUUGAUUAUAAAAAAGCAAAUCCGCAAGAAGGUAUUGGAUUGAUGGACUGGUCUUGUGAUUCCAAAUAUCUUUGUACUCGAAAUGACAGCAUGCCAAACACGUUAUGGAUUUGGGAAACUAGCAAAUUGUCAUUGUGCUCAGUCGUAAUUCAAACACAACCAAUUAGACAAGCACAGUGGGAUCCUGUGCAUCCACGACUUGCUAUCUGCACUGGUAAUGGUAAAAUAUACAUCUGGUCAAAAGAGGGCUGUUCUUGUGUGGACAUUCCAAGCGCUAGCUUUAAUGUACAAAACUUUAGAUGGAACAGCGAUGGAGAAUCUAUGUUACUAAUGGACAGUGGCUCGUUCUGCGUUUGUUAUCCAUCCAUUGACUCAUGUUAG